GCCUUCUGUUCAAACGACUACGUGCCAUUGUAACUUCUCCCGUUGAUUCAUCCUAAUCAUACAUUUUGUUGAUUCACGAUUCAAAAGAAUCAAUUAGAAGGUUUCGGUGAUGUGAUUUGGUUGUAGACGUUCAAAAAUGUCCAAUGCCAAUCAUCAUCCGAAGCAGUUGAACCUCAGUCGCCACCAUGUCCAAUUCGAUUCGAGCAGCAUUCCCAUCGAACAUUGUCCUUCCGCGGUGGAUGGGAUUCAUUCAUAGAAUUCAAGAUCCGUUGGCCUUGCAGAAAGCUCUCGAUCAAUUGAUGGGUUUCAUCAGCUGGGAUCUUACCAACAAGAUAAUCUACAUCAAGGUGUUCCUCAUUACGUACCUAUUUGUCUACUACGUGAUAUGCAGCGUCUUUAUCAUAUUUCUGGUCAAUCCAGAAGACGUUCAUCCGGACUAUUACCUUCGAAUGUGGUUUUUUAUUGGAGCAGGUGCCUCAUGCAUAAUCCGAUGGAUAGCUAUGAUUCCAGCACGACACGGAUUCGCCAUUGUAAUACAGCAUCUGACCGAACUAACCCGUCAAAAACCAUAUCAACCACUUCGGGUGCGAUCAAGGCCGGUGAUAUUCCUAUGCUCGGCGUACUUUUUUGCGAUGAACACCAGUGUUUCCGCUUUCUGGACCGUGCUUCUGCUCGGCAGUUGUCCAACGGAUUACGUAAUCGACAGCCCCAUCCUUAGUUAUGCUUCCCUAUUGUUAUAUCCCAUGGAAACCCUCAUCAACGGGAUGGUCGCAACCGCAACGACGGUAACGAUCCUCACGACGAUGCUCGUGUUCAUCGCGGAGUUCGACAUCCUAGGGUACGACUUCCGGGAGGCGUUCAGUACUGCAAAUUCAGAAGAAAUACGGCACUGCGUCGAGCGCCAUCAACGUCUUCUGGAAAUGGUGACCCUGUACCGGGAGAAAAGCAAGUUGUACUUCCUGACAGCUAUGAGUCUGUACUUCUUCCUGGUGACGUUCUCCUGUUUGCUCUUGGUAGUCCAACUGCGGCAAGGUGACUUCCACUCCGUACGGUUCAACGGCAUCAAUGCAGGCUUGUCCAUCGUGUCCAUUCUGCUGUACGGAAGAAUCUGCGAUAUGCUGGAAGAUCGAGUUCAGGACAUUGGCAAUCAGGUGUAUGGUUCGGAUUGGCCGUUGAAGCUUUUUGGCACCCGCGAGCGCAGAGAGGUUCAUCAAACGCAGAAGUCCAGCAUACUGAUGGUUAUUACCCGAUCACAGCGCAAGGUUGGAUUUACCUGUGGGGGUAUUUUUGAAAUGUCUACGGUUACCAGUAUGCAGGCGUUGAAGCUGUUCUACACGGCACUCACGAUCCUAUGGAAUGCGACGAGCGCAUCGGAAGGGACUCAAAACUAAUAAUAAUUGACAUGGAAGUUAUGUAUAAAUGUUAUAGGUCACAUGAAUGUCUCUAUUUGAGACACCAAAAACUCGAAGCCAUUUUGCAUAUCAGAGAUGCAAGGGAAAUACAUAAAACUAGCACACCAGUGA